UCCGGGGGCCUCUCAGAAACGAUUCGAACCGCCCUGAUGGAGGUUCUCUGCAAAAUAUUAGCAGUGUGCUCACUGCUUGUCAGCGCCCAGGCGUUCGUGGCAGUGGAGCCAGCCAGCUCCAGCGAGCUGUCUUGGAAGUCGCUCUUCUUCGAUGCCCUCGUCGGCAACUCCAACGAGUUGCAGGCUGCAGGAUCUCUCAGCAGCCUCGAGGAAUGCACGGCCAUCUACACGGUGGAAAACAUCGAGGUCCUCCUAACUGCGGCCUACAAGAUACGCCGCUGCAUCAAUGUCGAGGAGAAGGACAUCCGUCGCUACCUAAAGGGAGACGAUGCUGCCCACACGAAGAAGGCAUUCGAGCGGGAGCUGCACUCCUGCUCGCGUCGCGAUUGCUACGUGGAUUCGAUCCUGAACUUGUUCAGUUCCGUCCGCCUCAACCGCCACGACUACAGGCGCAGCAGGCACUGCAUUGUCAAGGAGGUGGAACAAGCUCUCGUUCAGCUGGACAGGGCGUCCAUUGUCCUCGCCAACUGCCUCGCAGAGCAGGAGGCCCCCCAGAACUCCACUCUGCCCCCGCCCAUCUGGAAUACAACUCUCACCACUCCCAGCUGGAACUGGAACAAUACCACUUCCGGUCCAAAUUGGAAUACUACUGAAUGGCCCUGGUGGAACAAUACAACCGCUGGUCCAAAUUGGAAUUCAACCGAAGGUCCAUGGUGGGGUAAUACCACCUCCCGGCCAAACUGGAAUUCUACUGAAGGUCCUUGGUGGGGUAAUACCACCUCCCGCCCAAACUGGAAUUCUACUGAAGGUCCUUGGUGGGGUAACACCACCGCCCGCCCAAACUGGAAUAGUACUGAAGGUCCUUGGUGGGGUAACACCACCGCCCGCCCAAACUGGAAUAGUACCGAAGGUCCUUGGUGGGGUAACACCACCGCCCGCCCAAACUGGAAUAGUACUGAAGGUCCUUGGUGGGGUAACACCACCUCCGGCCCAAACUGGAACUCUACCGAAGGUCCUUGGUGGGGUAACACCACCGCCAGCCCAAACUGGAAUAGUACCGAAGGUCCUUGGUGGGGUAACACCACCUCCGGCCCAAACUGGAAUUCUACCGAAGGUCCUUGGUGGGGUAACACCACCUCCGGCCCAAACUGGAAUUCUACCGAAGGUCCUUGGUGGGGUAACACCACCUCCGGCCCAAACUGGAACUCUACCGAAGGUCCUUGGUGGGGUAACACCACCUCCGGCCCAAACUGGAACUCUACCGAAGGUCCUUGGUGGGGUAACACCACCUCCGGCCCAAACUGGAACUCUACCGAAGGUCCUUGGUGGGGUAACACCACCGCCCGCCCAAACUGGAAUAGUACCGAAGGUCCUUGGUGGGGUAACACCACCUCCGGCCCAAACUGGAAUUCUACCCAAGGUCCUUGGUGGGGUAAUACCACCUCCGGCCCAAAUUGGACCUCCGGUCCAAACUGGAACACAACGCAAUGGCCCAACACCAAUACCACCCCUAACUGGACAUUAUCUACCCCUGGACCCAAUUGGAACACAACCCAGGGACCCUGGGGGAAUAGUACUACUCUUAGGCCAAACUGGAACACCACUGUCAGUGAGCCACAGUGGAACUCAACCACCAGAACACCCCAGUGGAACAGAACAACCACCGAUGAACCGCAGUGGAAUGCAACCACAACCACGGAGCUUGCCACCACAGAAGGAAACUGGUGGGAUAAGCUAAUGAAAGAGGUUGGAUCCCUGUUCUAG